AUGAGUUCUUCGAUGUUUUGCGAUGGAGGCGAUGGAAAAGGGCUUCUUCGAUGGUUCUGUGAUGGAGGUUGGUGUAAAUGGGAUGGGGUGUGCGAUGGGGUGUGUCUGCAAGAGGAGAGAAUUUUUGGUGGGGUGUGGCUGGAUAUCAGAUGGGGUGUGGCUAAAAAGGAAGGGGGUUUUCGGUGGGUGGUUAGGGAAUGGGGUUUAUGA